UUGCAUCUGAAAGGAAAGAAAAUAUUAUAAGCUAUGUUAUUCAUCUUAAUGAAGAUUGAUUAUAAUUUAUGAUAAAUACUUUGUCACAAUAGGAUCAACGAAUGAACCUCUGCAAAUAAAACAUUUGAAUGACGUCUAUUUACGCAUGCGCGAGAACACCAGACGCCCCCUAGUAACGACAAAAGAUAUCAAAAGAUUUCAUGGAACAUUACUUGAAGUUGUAGGAUACACACUUAUUUUCAUUUUCCUUCAGUUUCAUUUGAAAAAUGAAAAUAUAAAACGGUGUAACGAAAUGUAAUAACCUUUUCUGUAUAUAAAUAUUGUUAUUGUGUGUGAAGCAAAAUGUUUGUUGAUGAUUUGAAUGGUUAAAACAUGUCAAGGAGUAAAGGAGUUAUUGAAAACCCUGAAGUACCAGGUUGUGAACAAAAUUUACCUCCACCACCACCAGGAUUAUCUAUCCCACAUAAAAAUGAAACAAACCCAUCACCUCCAUCAUCAAAUGGAUCGCAACAAUCUCUUAACAAUGUUGUUGUUGAUCAGUCAAGCCAACAGGUUCCUUGGUGGAUACCAACUGAUGCUGAUACUCAAGAUUUAUAUUCUCAUCAAUGGUUUGAGAGUCAAAAACCUUGUUUUAUAUCUCCACCGCCACCACCACCACCACCUCCACCACCGCCACCGACACCACUUUUAUCACAGUCAAAAUCACCUGUAGUGUUGUUGACGCAACAACAAAUACAACCAUUUUCAGAGAAAACUAAAAAUAAAGGAUUUAAACGAAAAUUAAAAGAACUUGAUCCUGCUGAAGAUGCGGAGAGAGUUGCAAGUGCCCAGAGGGAACUUACUGCUCUAAUGAAACCACUCAAGUGUGAUCUUUGUAAUGCAGUUAUGAAUUCUACACUCCAGGCUAAAUUGCAUUAUGAUGGAAAACCCCAUCAGAAAAAAGUAUCCAUGUUUCUCAAUCAAAGUGUAAAAAAAAUAAAAGUUGAAGAUAAUCACAUUGCUAUUGAUGGAAGUACUGAUAACAGUAGUAGUAAUAAUGGAAUAAUAAAUGACUGGAAUACUUUUUGUUCGAUUUGUAAAACGUGGUUUACGUCUCAUACUGAUGCUGCUCAACAUUAUGCUGGAAAAAAACACAUUAAAGCAACAACAGGAAUGAAUAAACAAAGGAUACAGAAAAAACCUGUAUAUAAAAAUCCUAAUAUAGAUCCAUCAGGAAGAUAUGGGAUUGGAAUGGGUUUUCAAUCGGAAAAUAUUGGAUUUCCUACAGUUAUUGACAAUGUUUCACCAGAGAACAAUUUACCAAUAGCUACUAGUUUAAUAACAUCACCAACAGCGAUGACUUAUGGUGCUGCUCUUCGUUGUGAUUUGUGUGGUGUUUCUGCCAAUCGUUUGGAGCAGUUAGAAACUCAUAAAAGAGGAGCGAGACACCAAAAAAUGCUCAGAUUGAAUGGUGUUGAUGCAACUGUUUUAUCAGAUACUUCGGUGCUACCAAUACCACCACCACCUCCACCACCAUCACUACCGGCGCCAAUAGUUAAUUUAUCAACUAUCAUUGACUAUUCUAUUUACAGAACACCAUCUGGUUCUUAUUAUUGUGCACCAUGUAAUAAGUCAUUUGCUUCUGAGAACAGUUUUGCCCAACAUGUUGAAAGUAAAAAACAUAAAAGUCAAAUUAAUCCAAAAUUUCCUGUUACAACCACUACAAUUACCACCACCUCCUCAACCAAAAAAGUCAAAUUGAAAAAAUUAGUGUAAAUUUGUAAAUGUUUUUUAUAAAAAAGUUAAUUAAGCAAA